AUGACCGCCUCGGCGACCUCUGGGUCCCCCAUCAAGAAUGCGACGACAAGCUUGGAAGAGUACAUGCGCGUCCAGCAGGACCUCGUCAGGGAGGCGUCACUGGCCCUUCCCCACUCCUUCUCACAGUGCACCUACAGUCUGGGUUACAUCCGCCAACCCGUGUAUCUCUGUCAGACAUGCCCCGAAGCGAAGGGCGUAUGUGCAUCGUGCAGUAUCGCCUGCCACGCCGACCACGAGCAGAUUGAGCUGUUCCCCAAGCGCCACUUUCGCUGCGACUGUCCCACGACGAGUAUAGCGCACUCGUGCACUCUGCACAAACGCCCGGAGCUGGAGAAUGAGGAGAACCAGUACGGUCAGAACUUCCAGGGGCUCUUCUGUCGCUGUCACAGAACCUACGAUGCGACGACAGAGAGGGAGGCUAUGAUCCAGUGUCUCGCCUGCGAGGACUGGUUCCAUGAAUCCUGUUGUAACCUCCGCGAGCGCCCGCCGCCGCGAGGAUCGACGCCACCGCCAGAGCCUCCUUCGCAGGACCCAUCAUCAUUUAUACCUCCCACCUUAUCUUCCACCUCUCCCUCGGCUGUUACUCCUGCCUCUUCCUCCCCCUCUACCUCCCUGACCUCCUCCACCGACCCUGCCUCUUCCCUCGCGCCCUCAUCCGCCCCUCCCAGUACCAACGACGACACCCCCUCCGAAGCUUCUGACGAGGACGACCUCCCACCCGCGCUCAUCACCCCCGAUGACUACGAGGCCUUCGUCUGUGGCGCGUGCGUGCAGCGGAUCGAGGUGCUCAAGCGGUAUGCGGGAUCGGCCGAGGCGGUGAUGGUGGGGAGAGGAAAUGAUGGGAGGUGGGUGAAGAUUGACGGAGAGGAGAGGGAGGUGAAGGUCGACGGCGAAGACGCGGAUGUGGACGUGACCGGCGACGAGGCCACCGCAGGCUCAAAGCGCCGACACGACGGAGACGGCGAGCACGACACCAAGAGGAGGCGGGUCUCUGAGCAGCCUGAAGGCGAGGGAAUCAGGGAGAGGUCCCUUGGGGAGCAGCUGUCUUCGACGAAGCCUCCGUGCAGGGCCCCGCGGAACCCCACCUCCUCCGCAUCCGGGCCAACGCCCUCCGCACCGGCAGCGGGGCCAAGAACAGACGCAGCGGGGAAGAUCCUGGAGGCGGUCGCACGUGGCGACUAUUCUCUAGGCACCGGGGACGUGUUCCUUACCAGGGAGAACUUCCGCGAGCGGUGGUGUCGGUGUGAGGAGUGCCUACCGUCACUGUUGGCGAACAAAUUCCUUUUGGAGGACGAGGAGACUUGGGAGCCGCCAGAAGACGAGGACUCAGGACGAUCGCUGGAGGAGCUGGGCCUGCGCGCUCUGAACAAGCUGCCGCGCGAUCGUGCGAUCGACGGGAUUAUGCAGUUCAAUGCACUGAAAGAUCACCUCGUUGGCUACCUCCGUCCGUUUGCGCAGGAGGGAAAGGUGGUCGGCGAGACAGACGUGCGCUCCUUCUUCGCCGAACUCAUGGAGGCGCGUGCGAAGCCGACACUGUGA